UGAUGCUUAAACUCCUCUCUUACAAUCAAUUUUACAACAUUGCGUAAUAAUAUUCUUUCGGUGUUUCUUCUCUUCAAUCCAGUGUUGACAUGAAUUCCACGGUACUCUUGACGUUAAUCCUGCAGCUGUUAGUACCCACGCUAGCGUCAUCCAGUGGCAGGUACAAAAGUGUCGAAACCCAAAAAAUUGACCUGGUGGACGUCGACUGCUCCUUCAGAUACAACAUCUGCAAUAAAACCCAACUCGAUGAUAGUCAAGAAACAAAGUUGAAGAGCAUUGUUGAUCUUCAUCCAGCUCUGCAUUCUUUUUUUACGAAUGGAACUGUGUACGAAACGCUCGAGAAAAGUCCUGAUGAUGGCCUCAGAAGUAUAGGUACGUCAGACCAGUACGAAAGUUUAUGUUGGGCUGAAGAUGUGACGUACGUUCCUUCCGCUGUGUUAACCGUCGAUUAUAAACUUAAACCUAUUGUUAACCAAGAUAAAUAUAAGCAGAUUAUAAAGGUCAAAAUAUGCAGAAAAUCGUCACACAAGAACCACUGCACGAGUUUGUCAGGUUAUGGUACUUACCGGCAGGCCAAAUGUGUACAGAGGUGGAGUACUAUUACAUUGUUGUCGAUAGAUGAAGACUCCCAACAACCUGAGUACGUUCGGGUGAAUAUACCAAGUGAUUGUGUAUGUACUGUGAUAAAUAAAGAAAAUUAAAUUUUCGUUGACAACUAUUAGGGACUGGAUUUAAGUGUUCUGUUCACAUUUUAAAAAUCCCCAAGCGUCCUUCCAGUAUUCUGCCAAUUGAAGUGUUGAUGGAUUUUCAAAAUGUGAAUAGAUUUUACGUUUUGUGUGCUUCAGACAAAAAACGUAUCAUUUUUACUAAUUUAUUGUAAU